CGUCCGCACUGCAGAGAGCCGUGGCGAGCAGGCGCCGGCGCACUGGCCCACGUGCCGCGCCGACAGAGGCAGAGGGAGCGACGGAGAGCGGGGGAUCGAGGGGCGCCCGACCCCGCCGCCGCUCCGCGCAGCCCCGAGCCCUGCGCGCUGCGACCCGGACCAGGAGGGACCCCGCCCCGGGAGAAGGCUCUGGAGACCUGGGCCGUUCUCCCCGAGUCCUAGGCUCCCGCCCCAAUUCACUCCCCUCCCAGGGCCACCCUGGUCUGCGGUGGGAACCGUUUCCUGCCCCUGGCAGCAGCCCCGCGCAGGCCGAAAUUGCAGGCGAUGGCGGUGACGAUGCUGCAGGACUGGUGCAGGUGGAUGGGCGUCAGCGCUCGCAGGGGCCUGCUCAUCCUGGGCAUCCCCGAGGACUGUGACGAAGCCGAAUUUCAGGAGUCCCUGGAGGCCGCCCUGUGGCCUAUGGGCCACUUUACCGUGCUGGGCAAAGUGUUUCGAGAGGAAGAUAAUGCCACUGCGGCCCUGGUCGAGCUUGACCGGGAAGUCAACUAUGCUUUGGUCCCCAGGGAAAUCCCGGGCACCGGGGGCCCCUGGACCGUGGUCUUUGUGCCCCGUUGCUCAGGCGAGGAGUUUCUUGGUCGUGUGUUUCACUUCCUGGAGCAACAGGGGCAGACGGUGGAGAGCGUGGCCGGUGCCCUGGGCCUGGGGCUGCGCAGGGUGUGCUGGCUCCGCUCGGUCAGUGAGGCGGUCCAGCCCUGGGUGGAGACCGUGAGGUACCAGCGCCUGGGCGUGUUUUCCGGGAGGGACCAGCCAGCCCCAGGGGAGGAGUCCUUUGAGGCCUGGCUAGACCACACCACCGACAUGAUGCAUGUGUGGCAGGGGGUCUCAGAAAGGGAGAGGAGGAGGAGGCUGCUGGAAGGCUUGCGUGGGACGGCCCUGCAGCUUGUGCACGGGCUCCUGGCGGAGAACCCUGCCAGGACAGCGCAGGACUGCCUGGCGGCGCUGAUCCAGGUGUUUGGAGACAACGAGUCCCAGGCGACGAUCCGGGUCAAGUGUUUGACCGCUCAGCAGCAGUCAGGCGAGCGUCUCUCCGCUUUCGUGUUACGGCUGGAAGUCCUGCUGCAGAAAGCCAUUGAGAAGGGGGCCCUGCCCAGAGCCUCCCUCGACCACGUGCGCCUGAGGCAGGUGCUCACCAGAGCCAACCUCAUAGAGCCUCUGGAUGAAGCGCUGAGGAAGCUGAGGAUGGUCGGGAGGUCUCCUACAUUCCUGGAGAUGCUGGGGCUGGUUCGGGAGUCUGAGGCAUGGGAGGCCAGUCUAGCCAGGAGCGUGAGAGCCCCGGCGGGGGAUGGGUUGGGUGCCCCAGCCGAUGCCCAGGCUGUUGCCAGAGCCAACGCCAAGGCAGAGGAUGAAAAGGUGGAGAAGGAGGAGGUGGAGGAGGAGGAGGAGGAAGAGGAUGACCACCAUCCCGCCCCUGCAGGCCUCGAAGGCCUAGGUCAGGCAGGACCCACUGAGGCCCCCGGGGGCCCCUCCCCAGCCCAGAUGGGCAGUGCUUCUGGGGCAGGCCCAGGAGGUCCAGGCUCUGGGCCAGAGAGCCGUGCCCAGGCAGGGGACGAGGAGGCCGAGGAGCCCACCCUGGAGGGGCUCAAACCCAUCCCAGAGGAGUCGGAAAACGAGGACGGGGCUGGGGACACGAGCCACCCCGAGUCCUCCUCGGGAAAAUAGGCUCAGAAGGCCCAGGGGCUUCCUCUCCUCCCCUCUCAGGCAGCAGCGCCAUGGAGACAGGGGGAGGAAGUAUCAAGGGCAGGGCCCAGGGAAGGGCCCGCCCAGCCCAAACCAAGCCCCCCGGGCCUCCCACCUCCCCCAAGGGGCCCCGGCCACCAUCCCCGGCCCUUCCUGGUGAUCCCACAUGACCAUGUUUGCCACCCAACGGGGAGGGGAGAGGCGCCCCUGCCGUGACACCACCGCACCUGGCCCCAGCCCCAAACCCUGCCAACUCGGGCAGCCGGCCUGGAAGCACCCGUGAGCGGCCUGGGUGAGGGCACCCGAAGACGUCUGCCACCUACACUGGACCGGGAGACCUUAGCGGGACAGAGGCCAUCUCAAGGGUGCCGGCUGCCUGGGCCUCCCCAGAGGGGCCCCCCGUUCACCGUCCCCGGGACAGGCCGAGCCCUGUUCUGGGAGGCCCACCCUUAUCCGUGUAGGCCCCGUAGCGACCCACGUGUCAAGCACACGCGCCCCCCGGCCACCAGCCACCGUUCCUGUGCAAAGCCGCUGUGUGUGCGCCAGCCCCGGGGGCCACGUCCCGGCCUGCCCGGCCAGCCGCCUCUCGGCCCCGGGCACGUGCUGUGGGCUUCGGUGCCAGCCCGGGCUCUGCUCGCUGUCGUGCAGUGUCGUGAGCUCAGCCUCUGCUUUCUCCGAGUAGAUUUAGGCCUACCGCAGCUUGUCCUCGCGGAGAUGUGUGUGUUCUUACCCGAGCAGCUCCUCCCCGGAGACCCGGAGCACAGUCCCAGGAGGCAGCGGGAAGGACGACCACGAGGGGGGCGGGGACGCGCACCCCGUGACCUCGGGGAGAAGAGCUGCACCAGGGACGGACGGGGGGCUGUGCUUUGACGUCCACCCCUGCUGUCCCUUGUGACUCAGUUUCCUCGAUGUGGUGGGGUGUGUCCUGCUGUGUUUUCCAGUGUCCCGUGACUGUCCUGUGCCGGCCAUAGGGCAGGGCCGCGCUCCAGCGGGUGGGCCGGGAGGGGGUCCCUGAAGGGAGUGGACGUUGCCAGAGUCCAGCGUCCCGGCCAGGGGCAGAUGCGGGGGCCCUCAGGAGGGAAGCUCAUGGCAGGAGGGCCACAGCGGGGACCUGGCAGAGGAGGCACCUGGCCAGGGAGCCCAGGACGAGGACCCUGGGACCUGUGGCCUCCAGUGGCCGUCAUCAGUUGCUGUCUGUGUUGUCAUUCCCUUCUCUCCAGUGGUUGCAGUAAAUGUUUCUGUUCAAUAAAUUUCAUUGCAUGUUC